GCUCCCACGUUCGAGGCUAACGGUGAAUUUCGGUUUGCACUGUGCUUCGCAUUUCACCACCCCCAUUUCCCACCCCGCAUCCGAAUAUCCUUCUGCUGCUGCUGUUGUUGUUGUUUUCUAUAUGCCUCAAAUUUUCGGGCUUACAACAAUUACAGAGCAGCAGCAGCAACAACAAUCGCAAACGCACAAAAGAAUGCUACGGUACAUUGCAUUUGGCGUCUGUCAAGGACAAAACAAAACGUUGUUUGUGUGAGUGUGACUGCAACCGCAACAACAACAACAGCAUGUGGCACAAAUAACGGAACAGAAAAGUAUCAACAGCAAGAAAAAAAAAUAGAUAGGAAAACAAAACAAAAGGCAGAAACAAAUCACACACGAGGACCAAAAACAAACGGUGGCUGCUAAAAAAAAACGAAAAACAGAAAAGGACGAGGCAUCACAAGACAUUUGGCGCCAGCUCGGGCAGCGACUGCGACGUCGACUGAGGCCGAGGCAGAGAACCAUGAGGCUCCACCACGCUCCCUCUCACACGGCGGCGCUGCAGUGGAUCCUGCUCUCCUUGUUUCUCCUUUUGGUGCUGCCAGCGAACGUGUCGGCUAGAUUUUGCGAGGGCUGCAGCCAGGGUUGCUGCACCCAGGGCUGUUGUCCGCCGUACCAGGGCGGACCACGCCCCCUACCGCCGCCCUCGGACUCCCACGUUCUCAAUCUGUUUUUCGCCACCCACUGGUUCUUCUGGUGCGUGGUUGUGGCCAUUAUCUUGGCCAUCCUGUGUGCCUACUCGCUAUGGAAGAAGCGGAGAACUCUCUGUGGUUGGGGAUUCAAUGAGCACCACACCCAAUCCGAGGGCGACUCCGCCGGUUCCUGCUACGCGCCUCCGCAAUAUAGUCGCUGCAACUCGUUUCACCAUCCGCCGCCACCCUACACGGAGGUGACGUCCAAACCAGACCUGUAUCCGCUCGUCUUCACCUGCAACAGCGACUCGGGCAACGGCAAGGGCAACGGCAGCUCCAGCUACCUGAUGGUGCAGUACUUCCGGAACUACAUUGUCCGGCCGGCGGCGGGGGGCUCCCUGAGUGCGGCCAGCACCGUGGACUCCCUGAGCUCCAGUUUCAUCUGCAAUGCGAACGAGGCGAACACCCUGGUGCCGCCGCCAUAUUCCCGGGCAGCCAGUCCGGAUCUGGGGCUGCAUCACUAUGUGGCCCAUGGCCAUGCCCACGCCCACGCCCACGGACAUGGCACGACCCAUCUGAGAUCCAUGGAACAGGCGGGGCCACAUCAGGUGCCCAGUGCUCCGCUGGCUUCCGUGCACUAUGCCAUGCCGAGAUCGGCAUCCCAGCUGGUCGAAACGGACGCCUAUCAGCCGAGACUGAUGCCCGCCCAGGCGCAGCACUAUGCCACCGUGGCGCUGGGCAGUUCUCCGGGCGGAGGAGCCCUCUACAGCACCCGAUUGCAUGCCUCCCACGAGGAGGGAAUGGGUGUGGGCUAUCUGCAAUCCCAGAGCGAUCAGCACUUCCGCUACAUGGCGAACAGCAGCAGUAGCCUGAGCGACAUUUUUGUGAACAACAGCUGUGUGGCAGGUAUGCUGCCAGAAAGUGGCGGAGCAGGAGGUGCCUCCCAAAGUGCGGAGAGUGGAGCAGCCACGCAGGCUGCCUCGCUUAACAGCCUGGCCAUCGGCGGCUUGGGAGGAUCGGUUGCGGGUGGCACCGGGACUUCGGGUGGAUCCGCCACCGCGGUCAUCUACAGCAAUGGCUGCAUCCAGCCCAAUCCGCUGCACAGCCUGGAGAACUGUUGCCAGCCAUCGGCUCAGGUGUCGGGGGUGAGCAGUCUGGCCAACAUUGGCACACCGGGAUCGCCGCCGCAGGCCACCAGUCCAACGGGCGAGGUGCGUGAGAUUCUCGACCAGAUCCGUCAGCUCCAGGCGGGCGUUAGCUACGAACAACUCCUGCUGAGCGGCUCGGGGGCCAAACCCCGACUGCAGCAUACGCUAUCGACGCCCUCGAACUCCCAGCAGGUGCUGCAGCCCAUCCUGACCACAUCCGCAUCCAUUUGCGGCGCCAGCAGCAGCAGCGGGCGCAAAAAGUUCUUCACCUCCGGCAGUAAAACGCAGCCCAACAAGGCUUUGUACAUACCCAUGGCGGCCAUCGGGGGAUCCGGAUCCGGAUCGGGAUCGGGAUCGGGAUCGGGCGCCCAGCGCUGUGUACUCAAAAGUCCGGUGAGCAGUGUGGUCAGCGGUGCUAGCUUCUUUGUGAACCGCGGACGAGUGGCCCGCAAGGGUUGGAUCACCCGAUCGGCGCCCACGACUCCGGGCAGCGGACUGCCCCCCAAUCGACUGGGUGACGACAGUCCUCUGCUGCUCAACGAGCACGACGAGGAUGCUAUCGACGAUGAUGAGGAGGAGGACCGGGAUCGGAAUCGGGAGGAUACUGACACCGAAACGGAAGCGGAGGCCAGGAACCAUCAUCGCCAGCAUCGCCAUAACCGCGGUCAUCGCAGCCAUCGUCGUGGACAGCUUGAAUAAUAGUGGGCGUGGUCGUUGGAAUCGCCAGUGUCAUUUAGUAGUUGUUGUUGUAGCUCAAGGUUCUCCUUUAGACAUAAGCUUUUAAACGAACGUGGAGAAAUGUUUGGGAGCCGGCAGCAUGCUUCUUAGUAUGAAGCACACCCAACAGAAAUAACAAAAGGAAAAAAGAGUCGAAUAAGUCUAAGUUCCAAAUAUAUAGCAUUUAAACAUUCUGUAAGAUUUUUACGAUUGAAGACAUUCAAGUUUUUUUUAUUAUUGUUAAAAUCAUUAUUUUGUAUAAUUUUUAUGAUUUCUUCGAAGCUGUAAAAAUUUUAAAAAACCUUAUAGAAUUCUUUACAUAAUCUAUUGAUACGCCUAUCGAAAUUAUUUGAAAACAAGUAAUAAAUUUAAAAACAGAGACAAAUUCUUUCACUUAAAAAAAUGCAAAUUUAAAAGGCC